AUGACAACUAUGGAAGAAUACUACGAACCUACCCUAAAAAAGGAAAAUAAAAUUGAAUAUGUUGAUAACCUAUAUUUGUCGAAAAACACUUUGAACAAUAAAGAAAAUGCAUUAAAUUAUUUUUACACAUCUCCGUUUUACACAAGUAGAAGUAGUAUGUCUUUAAAUGAAAAAAUUCGAGUUGGGAAAAUUCUUAAUGAUGAUGAUGAUGAUGAAGGGUAUCUAUUCGACAUAACUUAUGAUAAUUUAAGUAUUUUAAAAAAUAAUGAACCUAGUGAUUUAGUUAGUAUGCAUAUAUACUAUAACACAAAUUCUAUAUUCCAUAUUUCUCUAACACAUAAAUAUAGAGUAAAAAAUGUUAUUUGUAAAAAAGUUAUUCAGAUGUUUUGUAUUUUUAAUGGAAAAAUAUACAGUUCCCGAUCUUUCGGGGAAUUGUUAACUAACAAAAUUGCUAGCAUUGUGCAAAAUAUUGAAAAUUUUUACGACUGUGUUAAUAAUAUGAUGAAUUUUAAUAUAACAUCAAAUUAUAAUUUUCAGAAUAGGGCAGAUGAAGAUAUUGACAACAAGUACAAAAAUUAUCGUCUUGAUGACGUAUACAUUUCAACAAAAAAAAAAAAAAAUAAUAAUAAAAUAAACUUGUGA